AUGCAGCAGGCCAAUUUGUUGCCAGAGACAAACGAGGUAGCGAAGAAAUCAACGGACGCGUCCGGCGCAGCCACUCCGAGCUAUCUUUUACAGAUCCCCCUCGAAGUCCGCGAAUACAUCUACGACCUAAUGCUCGCCUUCAAGUGUCAGGACCACUUAAACCUGCUAUGUGUGAACAAGCAAGUGCAUAGUGAAGCCAGACUUUCUUUCUUUCGCAGGCCACUCGUGUGCGAAUGUCAAAAUGAUCUUGUCAAAUUCACAAACAAAUGGCCGAUAAGGGUGCAGCGAAGUAUCACCAAUCUGAGGCUUAGGCUUGAGGAAAUUGGACCCCAGGCUGUAACAGCUUGGAUCGCUGGUCAAGCUUCUCAGCAUCCAUAUCUCCAAGAAAUCCAUCGCAUCACAUCUGCAUUGGAGAACAUUCCUGGUGUGACGCAUUUGGCACUUCUGCGGCCCUUAGACUCUGGCAGGAAUACACCCUCGAGCAUCGUCAUGACCCAAGUCCUGACCUGGGUUGCAGAACACUACCUCAAGCUACAUGUGAUGAAGCUCGACAUUGAGCAAUGCCAUAUUAGCUGCCUUGGAUCCAUUCAAAAACUACACACUUUCCAAUUUAGCGGGUUCUCAGAGACAAGCCCCACGAGGACUGCAGAAGUGCUCAGCAGAUUGACGGGUCUUCGGAAUCUUUCAAUCAUCGGUCCGCCUAAUGGCCUCCUGAUGCGCCAGAGACAUGGCUAUCAGACCAGGAUCGCCCAAUCCGUCACACAUCAAUUGUUCGAGAGGAUCAGACCGCUGAAGGGUCUAACUUUGACCCAAAUCACCGACCCGAAGACAGACGGGAGCAUUUUCCUGAACUCCAAGACGAUGAAAGCGUUGUAUGAGUUCCACCGAGAUAGCCUUGAAGUGCUCAAGAUAUCCUCCAACACGACUCCUGCGUCGGCCUUCGUCGAGUUUCUCUCAGCAUUCCUACUGGACACACCGAAACUCCAGGAUCUUGCCCUGACGUGGCCGAACAUGGAAAUCACGCUGGUCGACUUCGUCUCAAGCUCAAUACAAAGGCUGGAGUUUGUUGUAGCCUCGACGGAGCAGGCUAACGCUAUUGCUGAUCGACUUGGGCUCCUGCGAUACCGCCUGCGAUACUUGCGGCUGGUCAAGUUCAACGUCAUCAACGAGGUGAUUGAGACGUCAGUCGAGGGAGAGGGAGAGGGCAAGUCGAGUCAACUCAGCUUUUCAAUGCCGAUCCAGAAUCUGGCAGCGUGA